GAAAUAUAAUAGGAAAUUGUAAUAAAUAUAAUUGUAAUAAGUAAUUGUGUUAUUUACAUAGGAAAUUGUAAUAAAAGCAGUUUUAGAAUCGCAAAGUGGGUUUUCCUCAAAAACUAUUUUGUUGGUGAUUUAAAGUUCCUACUAUUAUGCAUAAAUACGUGUAAUUUUAAUACCUUUCAGAAUUGACAUAACAUAUAUAAAAAAAUGAACAAGAUUUUUCUGAUCCUAAUUCAUGCACAAAUGAAGGACAUGUUGCUGUUAAAAUAAUUGGAAAACUAUCAAAUUUUUGCCUACUCUUUUAUUAAGAAGCACUAUCGCAAAUAUUUUUCUAAAGACAAAUAAUUGUCGACUUUCUAUGCGUGUUGUACUGAUCCUUUGCUAGUACUUCUCUGCUUGAAAAAUUAUUAAAUUGUAAUUGUUUUCAAGUUCCAUGGCAGCAUAUUUGCGUCAUUUUAUACGAUGUAUUAAUUUACAUUAUGAAUACGAUAUAUGAAACAGCAAAUUGCUAAGAAUUCAGUUUAGUGUAGAUAAUGCACACAAAUGUUUAAGAUGAAAAUGACUAAUGUAAUAAGGAACACAGGUAUUAUGUGAUAUGCAAACGCAAAUAUUUACAAACCUUAAAUCACAUGAUAAAAAUAUAGAAAUACAGAUAUAUGCGAGAUUUAUCAUGUUUUGUACUUUACCUAUAAUUUUAUAGUUAUGUCAACAAAUAAAAUAAGUCAACGGAUAUUCAUAUUGUAAGAUCCCAACAACCCUUUCGUACGAGCACACAACAUAAAGUGUAGCGUGUGAAAGUGCAGCGUAAAAAGAGACUUGAAUACGCUUGCGCUGACUUUGAGAAGCCACAGCGUAAAAAUAUUUUCUGAGAAAUAAACGUCUGUUAUAUUUUCUUCGACAUGAAAUCGAUCGCUCUUGAAUUAUUUAUAUCCCCUCUUACAAAGAUAUCAAAUUACGCGCUCUCCCUAGUAUUUUGUGCCACCUUGCAUAAUCUCCUUACAUUUAUACCAAAUUAAAUAAUUUUAUGCUGUUGUAUUAUUCAUGCAUAAAGGAAGAGGGAUCCUAAAACAUUCUAUCAAUUUAUUAGGAGAAAGGGACGCGUACAAUUCAUAAUUUGAAUACUCGCAGAAUGGCGGUUGAUAUCGUAUUACAAUAUUUUAAUCUUAACCGAAUUCUAUUACUAACAGUUGGUUUGUGGCCUUACCAGCGGACGAAACUUGUUGAAUUUCAAUUAUACUUAGUUUUUGGUAUCCUUGUUAGUAUUAUUCCAGCUCUACUUACGCCAUUAUUAACUUUAGAAUGUACCGUCAGUCUUCUUAUUAAAAUUUUGCCCCCUGUACUAAUUACCAUCAUAUGUACUAUCAACUACUUCUCAUUUAUAAUUAAGGCACAUGCAGUGAAACAAAUCAUGGACCAACUUCAAAAUAUUUGUACCAAUCUAACAGACGAGACCGAAGUUGAUAUUAUGAAAAACUACGGGAGUAAAACCAGAAGUUAUACAGCUUCAAUUAUAAUAUAUGCCUUAUGCAAUUUUAUUAUAUUCCUUCUGUUGCCACUUCUGCCGAAAAUUGCUGGUGUUAUUCUAUUCAUAAAUGAAUCGCAACUACAUCAUACGGUAUACAUUAUGACUGAAUACUUUGUUGAUCGAGAGAAGUAUUUUUAUUUAAUCUUACUACACAUGGACGCAGCCGUUUGUAUAGGAGCGAUUGCUCUGAUAGGCGUAGGGACAAUGUUUAUAGGAUAUUUGAAACAUACCUGCGCAAUGUUUGAAAUCUGCAGCUACCGAAUCAAGCAUGCAAUAAUGCUUGACGCUGAAAGUGUUCAGUUGAGGGACUACAUGAUUCAUAAGAAAAUCAAAUAUGCCGUAGAUAUUCACCGCAAAGGAAUAGAGUUUUCCACAUUUGUAAUAUCCAGCUUUGACUGGUUAUUCUUCCUUCUAAUUGCUAUUGGUGUGUUAUGCAUAAGUGUGGACCUGUUCUGCCUAUUUCAGACAGUGUCUUCAGGACAUAAUGUGGAAGAAUUUGUAGUUCACUUUUCUUGUUUAUCUAUUCUUCUUCUGUAUUUGUUCUUAGCCAAUUAUGCUGCACAAGAAAUCAUAGAUCAUUAUAACCAUAUAUUUAUUACUGUGUAUAGUAUUCAAUGGUAUGCAGCUUCUAUAUGCAUACAGAAGAUGAUUUUAUUCCUUUUGCAAAGAGGCGCUAAAGCUUUUAAUUUGAAUCUGGGUGGACUGUUUAUUGGGUCCUUGGAAACUGCUGGAAUGCUGUUAAGUACUUCAGUAUCUUAUUUCACAGUAUUGUAUUCGACACGGUAAAAUUAACAUUGUAAUGCAGUACUAAAAACUUUGACACCUACUACAACUUAGUCAACCAUAUGUUGUGUUUAAGAAAUACCGCAGUUUUAUUUUUAAUGAUAUAGAAAAUUGUAAUAAAUAAGUGUUUUUAUAUAGGAAAUUGGAAUAAAAGCAAGUAAAAUCGCAA